AUGCUGCGCGCCGCACUGCCGCUGCUCGGGCUGCCCCUGACGGGGGCAGGAGCGACCGAAAAACCCACCCAGGAGCCGGGGUCGCCGGGUGAGCCUCCCCCAGGGUUGGCGCUCUUCCGCUGGCAAUGGCACGAGGUGGAGGCGCCCUACUUGGUAGCCCUCUGGAUCCUGGUGGCCAGCCUGGCUAAAAUCGUGUUUCACUUGUCUCGGAAGGUGACGUCUCUGGUGCCUGAGAGCUGUCUGCUGAUUUUGCUGGGACUGGCACUGGGGGGCAUUGUCUUGGCUGUGGCCAAGAAAGCGGAGUACCAGCUGGAGCCAGGCACCUUCUUCCUUUUCUUGUUGCCUCCUAUUGUGCUGGACUCGGGCUAUUUCAUGCCCAGCCGGCUGUUCUUUGACAAUUUGGGCGCCAUCCUCACCUAUGCCGUGGUGGGCACACUCUGGAAUGCCUUCACAACGGGUGCUGCCCUCUGGGGCCUGCAGCAGGCUGGACUUGUGGCCCCUAGAGUGCAGGCUGGCUUGCUGGACUUCCUGCUGUUCGGGAGCCUCAUCUCAGCAGUGGAUCCCGUGGCUGUGCUGGCUGUCUUUGAGGAGGUGCACGUCAACGAGACCCUCUUUAUCAUCGUCUUUGGCGAGUCCCUGCUCAACGAUGCAGUCACCGUGGUGCUGUACAAGGUCUGCAACUCUUUUGUGGAGAUGGGCUCUGCCAACGUGCGGGCCACUGACUACCUGAAGGGAGUCGCCUCCUUGUUUGUGGUCAGUCUGGGCGGGGCAGCCGUGGGCUUAGUCUUUGCCUUCCUCCUGGCCCUGACCACACGCUUCACCAAGCGGGUCCGCAUCAUCGAGCCGCUGCUGGUCUUCCUCCUCGCCUACGCAGCCUACCUUACCGCUGAAAUGGCCUCGCUCUCUGCCAUUCUUGCGGUGACCAUGUGUGGCCUGGGCUGUAAGAAGUAUGUGGAGGCCAACAUCUCCCAUAAGUCCCGCACAGCUGUCAAGUACACCAUGAAGACUCUAGCCAGCUGUGCGGAGACCGUCAUCUUCAUGCUGCUCGGCAUCUCGGCCGUGGACUCUUCCAAGUGGGCCUGGGACUCUGGGCUGGUGCUGGGCACCCUCUUCUUCAUCCUGUUCUUCCGAGCCCUCGGCGUAGUCCUGCAGACGUGGGUGCUGAAUCAGUUCCGGCUGGUCCCUUUGGACAAGAUUGACCAGGUGGUGAUGUCCUAUGGGGGCCUGCGGGGGGCUGUGGCCUUCGCUCUCGUCAUCCUCCUGGACAGGACCAAGGUCCCUGCCAAGGACUACUUUGUAGCCACCACGAUUGUGGUGGUCUUCUUCACAGUCAUCGUGCAGGGCCUGACCAUCAAGCCACUGGUCAAGUGGCUGAAGGUGAAGAGGAGUGAGCAUCACAAACCCACCCUGAACCAGGAGCUGCAUGAGCACACUUUUGACCACAUUCUGGCUGCAGUGGAGGACGUUGUGGGCCACCAUGGCUAUCACUACUGGAGGGACAGGUGGGAGCAGUUUGAUAAGAAGUACCUAAGUCAGCUGUUGAUGCGGCGCUCAGCCUACCGCAUCCGGGACCAGAUCUGGGAUGUGUAUUACAGACUCAACAUCCGGGACGCCAUCAGCUUCGUGGAUCAGGGAGGCCACGUCCUGUCCUCCACUGGGCUCACUCUGCCCUCUAUGCCCAGCCGUAAUUCCAUGGCAGAGACUUCCGUCACCAACCUGCUGAGGGAGAGCGGCAGUGGAGCGUGUCUGGAUCUGCAGGUGAUCGACACGGUGCGCAGCGGCCGGGACCGGGAGGAUGCCGCGAUGCACCACCUGCUCUGCGGAGGCCUCUACAAGCCGCGCCGCAGGUACAAAGCCAGCUGCAGCCGCCACUUCAUCUCUGAGGACGCGCAGGAACGCCAGGACAAGGAAGUCUUCCAGCAGAACAUGAAGCGGCGGCUGGAGUCCUUUAAGUCCACCAAGCACAACAUCUGCUUCACCAAGAGCAAGCCACGACCCCGCAAGACCGGCCGCAAGAAGAAGGAUGGCGUGGCUAACACUGAGGCUACAAACGGGAAACCUCCUCGAGACCUGGGCUUCCAUGACACAGCUGCUGUGAUCUUAACCGUGGAGUCUGAGGAGGAGGAGGACAGCGACAGUUCGGAGACAGAGAAGGAGGAUGACGAGGGAAUCAUCUUCGUGGCUCGGGCCACCAGUGAGGUUCUCCAGGAGGGCAAGGCCUCAGGGAGCCUUGAGGUGUGCCCCAGCCCACGCAUCAUCCCCCCGUCCCCAACCUGUGCGGAGAAGGAGCUGCCCUGGAAGAGUGGGCAGGGGGACCUGGCUGUCUACGUGUCCUCAGAAACCACCAAGAUUGUGCCCGUGGACAUGCAGACAGGCUGGAACCAGAGCAUCUCGUCCCUGGAGAGCUUGGCAUCCCCGCCGUGUACUCAGGCUCCAACGAUGACACGCCUGCCUCCCCGCCCACGGGCCCCGGAAGAGCCCCAGGCCCCUCUCAAGCUGCCCCUCUCCUCUGAUCCACACUCUUGCUUUGCCUUCCCCCCGAGCCUGGCCAAGGCGGGCCGUUCUCGCAGUGAGAGCAGCGCUGACAUCCCCCAGCAGCAGGAGCUGCAGCCCCUCAUGGGACACAAGGACCACACCCAUCUCAGCCCAGGCACCGCCAACUCCCACUGGUGCAUCCACUUCAACAAAGGCGGCCGGCUGUAG